CUUUGCUCUCAUCUUACCAACCUGUAACUAUUUCAAGGAUUCAUUUCAUUCACCUUCAUUGAGAAAUGGCUGAAGGAGCUCUCUUCAACGUAGCUGAAGGAAUCAUUGGCCAACUGGGCAAACUAGCUCUCAAAGAGCUUGGACUGCUCUGGGGUGUCAAAGAGGAGCUUCAAAAGCUCGUGGACACUGUUUCAACCAUCAAAGCUGUCAUUCUGGAUGCAGAGGAGCAACAGGCGCAGAAUCAUACCAUCAAGAAUUGGCUGGGAAGGCUGAAAGAUGCACUUUUUGAAGCGGACGACUUGCUGGAUGACUUUUCCACUGAAGUUUUACGGCGGGAAGUGAUGACUAGGAAUAAGAAGGCGAAAGAGGUACGCAUCUUCUUUUCCAAAUCGAACCAACUUGCAUAUGGUCUUAAAAUGGGUCAUAAGAUUAAGGCAAUUAGGGAGAGACUAGAUGCCAUUGCAGCAGAUAGGAAGUUCCACCUAGAGGAACGUCCUAGAAAGACACAAGUCAGUAAUAGGUUGAGAGAAACUCAUCAUUUUGUACGUGCUGAAUAUGUUAUUGGAAGAGAGGCUGAUAAGAAAGUCAUUAUAGAUCGUUUAAUGGAUCCCAAAAUUGAAGAGAAUGUUUCGGUCCUUCCUAUAGUUGGAAUUGGAGGACUGGGUAAGACCACAUUAGCUCAAUUUGUAUUCAAUGCUGAAGAAAUUAAAAAUCAUUUUGAGAAAAAAUUGUGGGUGUGCGUCUCUGACGAUUUUGAUGUAAAAAUAAUUGUUGAGAAAAUCUUAGAAUGUGCAAAAGAAAAGAAACCUGAAAGACUUGAAAUGAACACAUUGAUAAGUGAUCUGCGAAAAGAAAUUGAUGGAAAGAGAUACUUACUUGUAUUAGAUGAUGUGUGGGAUGAUGAUUCGGAAAAAUGGGAUAAGUUAAAAGGAUUUUUACUCGGUGGUGCUAGAGGUAGUAGAAUAUUGGUGACUACACGUGAGGAGAAGGUUGCUAAGAUUUCAAAAACUAUAGAACCACACUUUUUAAGGGGUUUAAAUGAAGAGGAGUCUUGGUCUUUAUUUAAGCAAAAGGCAUUUGAAAAGGGACAAGAACCAGAAAAUAUAAGAAUUAAAGAAAUUGGAAAGGAAAUAGUUGGAAAGUGCAGAGGAAUUCCACUCGCCAUAAAGACCAUUGGAAGCCUAUUGUGCUUUAAAAACUCAGAAGAUGAGUGGUUGUCCUUCAUUAAUAAAGAAUUUUCAAAACUAGAUCAAAAAGAAAAUGAUAUCCUACCAACACUUAAAUUGAGUUAUGAUCAUCUUCCAUCACACUUGAAACAAUGUUUUGCUUAUUGUAGUUUAUUUCCAAAGGAUUACGAGUUUGAAAAAGAGAAAUUAAUUAAGCUAUGGAUGGCACAAGGGUUCAUUAGGCUAUCAGGUCAAAACCAAUGCUUAGAAGAUGUUGGUCAUGAGUAUUUUAUGGAAUUACUUUGGAGGUCAUUCUUUCAAGAAGACACAGGAUCUAUAUUCAAAAUACAUGACCUCAUGCAUGAUCUGGCAAUAUCAGUAGUGGGGCUAGAGAGCAUCACUUUUGGUAUAAAUGAGGAAAAAUUGGAUGAAAAAACCCAUCACGUGUCAUUUGGUUUAAAUUUAGGCUCAUCAACACAAAUUCCCACUUUGUUGCUUAAAGCAAAUAGGAUGAGAACAUUUCUUUUGCCAUGUCAAGAGAGGUAUUCAAGUCAAAUUGUAUGGAACAAGUCAACUUGUGAUGCAUUUGUUUCAAGUUUUAAGUUCUUGCGCUUGUUAGAUUUGAAUUGCACUGGAAUUAGGAGUGUUCCACAUUCUAUUGGAAAGUUGAAGCAUUUAAGGCACCUUGAUCUUUCAUGGAAUGACAUAAAGAUGCUUCCUAAUUCAAUUACAAGGUUGCAAAAUUUGGAGAUACUAAAUCUCUAUAACUGUUAUGAACUUAUAGAAUUGCCAAGAAAUAUUUCUAGAUUAGUCAAUCUUAGGCAUCUUAUCAUUGAAAAUUGCUCUAGAUUGACUCAUAUGCCACGUGGACUUGGGCAAUUGACUAAUCUCCAAUCACUAGCUGAGUAUGUGUUGAGUACGGACUCUAAGAGUGGUAGUGGGUUGAAGGAACUUCACGGAUUAAACCAGCUGAGAGAAAAUCUAAGGAUUAAAAAUCUGAGACACAAGAAAGAUGCUGAAUUAGAAUAUAAGUCAUGUUUGAAAGAAAAACAACACCUUAAAGGCUUGGUGUUAGAGUGGAUAGAAAGAGAAGUGGAUGUUGAGUACGAUGAGAUGUCAGUCGAAGCUUUGGACCCAAACCAAAAUCUUAAAAGUUUGGAAUUAAAAAGCUACAGGGGAGUAAAAUAUCCAAGCUGGCUUUCUUCACUUAAAAAUCUUGUAAGCCUUAAGUUAGUUUCAUUGAAGAAUAGCCAAGAUGUGCUACUAUUGCAUCAAUUUCCUUCUCUCAAAACUCUCUAUUUGGUGGAUAUUCCUUCUCUUGAGUACGUAUCUCUAGUAUCGGAGAGUUUUAAACUUCCACCCCUAGAAUCCCUCGAAAUUAGGAUUUGUCCUAAUCUAAAGGGAUGGUGGAGGAGGAGCGACUCCAUCGAGGAGGACGAAGAUGACGCCGAUAAUUACGGUGAAAUAUCGACGAUAACAGCAAAGAAUCAUUCUCUUCCUUCAUUUUCUCACCUUUCCACUCUACACAUUUCUGGUUGCCCUAAACUAUCUUCCAUGCCUUUAUUUCCUUAUCUUGAAAAACUAUAUCUGCAUGACUCUAAUUUGAGGCCAUUGGAGCGAACAAUAUCGAUGGGAAUGAUAAAUAAGACAUCUCAGCAAAACCCAACAACAGCAGCAGUAGCAGAGUCAACCUCUUCUGUUCGUUCUUCUUCAACACUUGCCGCCUCAUUCACCCCUCUCUCCAAAUUAAAAUCUUUGGAUAUUGGUAUGAUAGAAGGCAGUGAUGGUCAUGUCCUUCAAUCUAUACAACAUCUGACUGCACUUGAGGAAUUUAGGUUAUCUAAAUAUAAUGGGGAUGGGAUGGAAUUGGAAUGGCUUCAACAGGCCACCUCUCUGCGAAAUCUCUACAUUUUUAAUUGUCCGAGUUUGAUGACAUUGCCGGAGUGGAUCUGUGAAAUCAUAUCUCUUCAAUCACUCGGUAUUUAUGAUUGCCCCAAUUUCACUUCAUUGCCUGCCCUAACGUCUCUUCAAUCACUCGGUAUUUCUGAUUGCCCCAAUUUCACUUCAUUGCCUGCCCUAACGUCUCUUCAAUCACUCCAUAUUUAUGGUUGCCCCAAUUUCACUUCAUUGCCUGCCCUAACGUCUCUUCAAUCACUCCAUAUUUCUGAUUGCCCCAAUUUCACUUUCACUUCGUUGCCUGCCCUAACGUCUCUUCAAUCACUCCAUAUUUAUGGUUGCCCCAAUUUCACUUCAUUGCCUGCCCUAACGUCUCUUCAAUCACUCCAUAUUUAUGGUUGCCCCAAUUUCACUUCAUUGCCUGCCCUAACGUCUCUUCAAUCACUCCAUAUUUCUGAUUGCCCCAAUUUCACUUCAUUGCCUGCCCCAAUUUCACUUUAUGGUUCCCCCAAUUUCACUUCAUUGCCUGCCCUAACGUCUUUGAAGACACUGGACAUUCGGAGGUGUCCCAUCUUAGUAGAAAGUUGCAAGAGCCAGGAUUGGGUUGCUCGCAUCGAAAACUUGGAAGGAGAUCUAGCUCCACCAAAAGAAGAAGAUCCAGAACAAAGUUGGGGCUUUACCAAAAUUUUUGGGCGUUGCAGUGGUUCAACAAGUCAAUAGCUCAGUGGUGAAUAAUUAUAAUUAUCUAGAGCUUGUCAGGUGAGGAUCAUCAAUUGCUGAUAAGGAGAUAAUAUUUGUGGGGAGAAGUAUAUCUGGCAGAAGAAUUAGCUAAUGCAGCUUGCGUUGGAUUUAGAUCAUAAUUCAUAAGUUGAUAUUCGUGGUAGCAACACUUGGAUAAAGGAAAAGUGGUUGCUUAUUGGCUUUCUCCUUGAAUUCAAAUGCUACAAAGGUGAAAAUGCUCCAGAAUGACCUGAGACAGCUUAUAUCCCUGAGACUGAAAUUGAAUGUAGAAGGAUCCAUCAUAACUCCAUAAAAAGGCAGAUAUGUAGAUGAUAGCCACAACCUAAAUGCAGUGGAUAGUCACCUGUGAAAUGUAGAAAAAGCAUCAAUUCAUGGGAGGGGUGUGGAAAUUAUUGGGAUUCUACAAUGUGCUUGGAUAUGACAGCCUUCCUUCUUAAUAGCAUUCAGCCUAUUGAUUUCACACAUCAUCAAAAAGAAUGAGUAUCACUGGCUAUCCCAAUUAUGGCUACAAUGGUAGAGGCAAACAGGAAAAUUUUGGCAUAAAUCUGUUCUUAUAUUUGACUGUGGAACUGUAUUUAUGAGAAUAAGAUUCAGGAUUUGUUGCAUCUUUGACUUCUUUUGUGGGAAAUGUAGAGACAAGCAGCAAUUCAGGAGGUGGAUGGGGAAAUCAGUGGGGAUUCUGCAAUAUGCUUGAACUAGAUUCAGAAUUUUCUGCCACUUUGACUUCUUUAGGUCUCUAGCCUGGCGGCUUCCUACACAAGUGCAUUUUCUUCGAGAUGAAACUACAAACUUUAAGAUGUAUGAAAGCAUUAAAGAGGAGGUCAGACAUUGAUGCUUAUGACGCAAUAGGAAAGAUAUUAGAUGACAUAAAUCUGGCAAAAAUUGAGCUUUGGCUGGACAAAUCAAAGGUGGGAAGCCAACAGUUACCAGUUCUCCAAAUUGAUACAAUGAUCUUCAGGUUAAAUUGAAGUGGAUGAGCUGGUAGAUUGGUCUUGUUAGUCAAAAAUCAUUUUUGUUCAAUGAUGCAUCCAUGCCAACACUGCAUAUGAGAGAAGGAAAUGCAAAUGAGGUGGAAAGCAAAGCUGCAUCAAAGUUACAAGCACGCAAAGGUUUGUUAGUAGCUUCCGACAGGUUAGUACAGUAAAAUAUUUUGCUAAACUCAUCAUUUGAUAGUUCUUAAUGAUCCAAGUUAUUAAGUCAAUUGAGCUACUUUAGAGUAAAAUAACAUUAAAUAGCUUUCAAUGUAUAAAGCAAAAGUAGAAGUAUUAUUACUUCAAUCUUUUUCCUCGCUACAAUUGAUAAAUUUAGGAUUAUAAUUUUUUUUUUCUUUUUUUGGAGUUUAGCAUUUGCUUGUGACUCUUACAGACUCAUUGGACCAUACUGCUUCAUUUAGUUUUUGUCAAAUAAAAUGCAAGACUAUCAUAUCAUGGUAAUACUAUGACAAUUCCAAUUAUCCACCAGGUAGACGAAACGGGUAGCCACCAGUUGUCCAAGAUACUGCUUUAAAUAAGGCUACAAAUACACUCAAAGCUGAACCUGAACGAAUAAUUCAAGAUGCACUAAACCAAGUGAUGGUGAACCAGGCUACGACUGUCAUGGCCUGUCCAUUAUCUGAAGGUGAUCAAAAUUAAAUUAUCAGAGAGAAAGGAGAGCUGGAGAUUUUGAUUGUGAAUUUGCCACCUUGACAAACUGAGAAGGGCCAGCAUUUUCUGCUGCGGAGUUGCAAAUAAUAAUAAGGUCCAGGCAUUUCACAAACAUUUAGGUCACAUGUCAAGCGGAUAUGAAGUUAAUUGCUAUCACCUAGUGGUGCAAUUGGAUGCAGACAAAUCUGUUACUAGCUUAAUGGAAAUUCAUCUACUAUCAAUGUUCUUGCACUUCAAUUCUGUAAGAGAGGGAAACUAUAUACCUAGUUAUUAAUCUAAAAGCUAAUGAGGAACAACUGGAGAUUAGAUCUCAGAGUCUUGCAUGUGUUCAACGAAAGAAAUAAUCCUAGUACACUCUGCAGUGGCACCCUCCCACAACCAAGUGCAGAGCUAAACCUGAAACAAUGUCUCAGCCUUUCAGGGGUAACAGUAGGUGUGCCUCGUCUACAUAGCAUUGUAGUACCAUGCAGGCAGAGGAGAGAGAACAUUGAGGGAGCAAAAUGUUUCGUUCGCAUGUAACAAUGGCCUUGGCCAAUAGAAUUUUACCUGGUGUGGUAUACACUCUUCGCCUUCCCUUUAUAUAAGAGGAAGGAAAACUUGUAUUAAGACAUACCUUAAGAAAAUAGUGCAUAAGAAGACUGGCUUGAGCCCGUGGUUUUUCU